GUUAAUCCAGACCUGAUAACAUAUUUCUACUUCAUCUCUGAAUCCAUCAGCAGCACAUUACAACAAUGCCAGGAAGUUGGAGUGAUGAAAAGCAGGCAACUCCAGAGAUCCAGAAGAUCUGCGAUCAGAUAAAGGCAGAUACAGAGAAGGCUGUCGGUCAAAAGUUUAGUGCUUUCAUUGCAAAACGUUUCACUGAACAAUUUUCUUCAGGAAAGCAGUACUUGAUCAAGGUUUAUGUAGGAGAUGGUGAGAACAUACAUCUGAAAGUGAUUCAAUGUCUGCCAUGUGAUGACGGGAAAAUGGAGCUUUCUGGAUUCCAGUACCCCAAAACUCACGAUGACCCUCUAACACCCUUCUAAGAGGCUGUAAAGACAGACGAUCAGCAUUAAAAACAAUCUUGUAUCUAUUUCUCUUCUACACACAUAAACCAGAUGCAAUGUUUUACAGGUUUCUUCUUUUUUAACAAUAUUAUGAUAUACCUGUUUUAAUAAAGGACAUUUGUUCAAUUAGAAAUAGUUUUGCCUGGCUCCACUCGAGAUGUAAAAUAUCUGAAAUACUGUAUCUUAGAGAAUAGAUGAACUGUUUUCAAUGCUUGAAAUCUGGAAAUAAAUGAACAGCUUCAUAUUAUGUUUCAUCUGUCUUAAAACAUGCAUUAUGUCUUGAAAUAAAAAUUUGAUGCUCUUGGACUUUAAAUUUGGUAUU